AUGCCCGUCCCCUCUGCAGACCAGAGCUUGCACCUUGGACAUCCUCACUUGGGCGCCUGCAGCCCCCUGACCCCGGUCUGGCCGGGUCCGCCUGAGGCCCCGCCGGCCAAGGGCCUGUACUACCGCCGGGCGCGGAGGGGCGAAUGUUCUCGCAAGUGCUACUACAUCUUCGUGGUGGAGACCGUGUGCGUGGCCUGGUUCUCCCUGGAGUUCUGCCUGAGAUUCGUCCAGGCCCCGGACAAGUGCCAGUUCUUCCGCGGGCCGCUGAACAUCAUCGACAUCCUGGCCAUCUCGCCAUACUACGUGUCGCUGGCGGUGUCCGAGGAGACCGGGGAAGAGGCCCGGGAGAGGCCGAGCGCCGCCGGCUCCUACCUGGAGAAGGUGGGGCUGGUGCUGCGCGUGCUGCGGGCCCUGCGCAUCCUCUACGUCAUGCGCCUGGCGCGCCACUCGCUGGGGCUGCAGACGCUGGGCCUCACCGUGCGCCGCUGCGCGCGCGAGCUCGGCCUGCUGCUGCUCUUCCUCGGCGUGGCCGUCACCCUCUUCUCACCCCUGGUCUACGUGGCCGAGAACGAAUCCGGACGGGUCCUGGAGUUCACCAGCAUCCCCGCCUCCUAUUGGUGGGCCAUCAUCUCCAUGACCACGGUGGGCUACGGGGACAUGGUCCCCCGCAGUGUGCCGGGCCAGAUGGUGGCCCUCAGCAGCAUCCUGAGCGGAAUUCUCAUCAUGGCCUUCCCGGCCACGUCCAUCUUCCACACCUUCUCCCACUCCUACCUGGAGCUCAAAAAGGAGCAGGAGCGGCUCCAGGCUCGUCUCCGCCGCUUCCAGAACACGGCCAGCUCGGGCAGCGAGCACAAGCUCCUCGCCGAUGGGGACAACCCUGUCCUCCAGGACGCCGCCUCCCCCGCCACCUAUGUGUAA